AUGAAAACCGUGAACACUGUUCACGAUCAAGAAAAGACUUCACCAAAAGAAUCUAUAGAAAAUAUAUCUCAAAAAUCUAUCGGGAAUUCAGCUGAAGCUAGUACACACGUGCCACGUGAAGUUGUACAAGGUUUGUUACGAGGACUUUCGGUAAAAUCUAUAGGAGAAAGUAUUGAAAUCAUUAGUAGUAAACCUUCAAAUUCUGCACCUGAUGAGCUUGCUCAUUUGUUAUAUCAGGCUAGUAUAAAGCGAGAAAAAAAUCUAUCAAAGCUAAGCAGGAAGAAAUUUUGGUCGCUAUUCUGA